AAUACGCAAGGCCAAAUUGCUUUUUAAGUGUGAUAGUUGUGGUAACUGAAAAAUCUAGAAGCAAUGCAAAUAUCAAAAUGAUUUACAUUUGGUCCAUCCACUCUGGACUAUUAUGCAGUCGUUAAGAAUACUCAGAAAGACUGUAGCAACAUGAAAAAAGGCCAUGAUACGUUAACAGGGGGAAAAAAGCAGGUUAUACAUUAGAUAGAAGGGAAGCGAAGAGUAAAAGAUGUCACGUACAAAAUUUAAAAGCUAUGAAGAAUCCUUUUACUUAUUCAUUGAACAAACAUUUAUUAAGCACCUUACAUCCCAGGCACCAGGUCAAAAAGAAAAGGUUCCUGUAGAAGAAAUUAGUUUGGAACAAUAGAUUUAACAGGAUAGAAUAACAUUACCCCUUCUCACAAAGAGCCACGGUGCUCACACCUUUCUUUUUUGGUUUAGGUUGUCUCUUCCUCUGUUUCUACAGUUAUUUUAACGUAGCAGUAAUUUACAAUUGCUGCUGCGAAGUUCACCUCUGAUUCUUCGUCCUCCUGCUGUUGACGUCUCCGUUUACCGCGUUCCUGCCAGUGUGUGUGCCCGGUGCGGUGGAGGAGGGGUAAGUUAAGACCUGACGUCCCAGCCCGGCAGGGCCUCUCCAUCUCGCAGCAGGGAAGAUAAAUGGCUCUAAUCCAAGCCUGACUUUGGUAAGUGUCCAAGGGUAAGGCGUUACAUUAGAAGGCAAGAAGCGGUCUGGGAGUGUCGAGGCGUUUUACCAGGACCUUGCCGGGAGGGAAAGCAAGGCCGGGUAACGGGACAAGGUGGGCAGGCGGCUGAGGCUGCGCGUGCAGCGCGAGGUGGGAGGGGAGACGCGCGAGCCUUGGGCGGGCCCCGCCCCCCGGAGACAGGCUUUGCGCGCUGAUUGGCCCGCGCCGGCCUCGCUCCGGGUUGGCGGGAGGUCUCCGAGCCCGCCGUGCCGCGGUGGAGUAACCUGAGAGCAACCGUCUGAGGCCUGGGGCGUCUGGGGAAGGCUGCCCGCCGGCCCGGCCCCCGCUCACUAGCCUCGGUUUUCCGCAGCAGGGAAGUUGCUGAGGGUCAGGAAGGAGAAUCUGUACCUGACUCCUUGAACAUCAAGGGAGGCAUGGCUGCCUGGGUCACUGAAUUGUGGGAAACCAAAAUGAGGCAUAAUCAGCUAUGUUGUGAGACACCACCUACUGUCACUGUACAUGUAAAAUCAGAGUCAAAUAGAUCACAUCAGCCUAAAAAACCCAUUAACCUGAAGCGUCCUAUUUUUAAAGAUAGUUGGCCAGCAUCUGAAAAAAAUGCACAUAAUAGCGACAAGUCUAAACGCCCCAAAGGACCCUGUCUAGUUAUACAGCGUCAGGAAAUGACUGCUUUCUUUAAAUUAUUUGAUGACGACUUAAUUCAAGAUUUCUUGUGGAUGGACUGCUGCUGUAAAAUUGCAGACAAGUAUCUUUUGGCUAUGACCUUUGUUUAUUUCAAGAGAGCUAAAUUUACUAUAAAUGAGCAUACCAGGAUAAAUUUCUUUAUUGCUCUGUAUCUGGCCAAUACAGUUGAAGAAGAUGAAGAAGAAUCCAAAUAUGAAAUUUUUCCAUGGGCUUUAGGGAAAAACUGGAGAAAAUUAUUCCCUGAUUUCUUAAAGUUAAGGGACAAACUCUGGGAUAGAAUUGACUAUAGGGCUAUUGUAAGCCGGCGAUGCUGUGAGGAGGUUAUGGCCAUUGCUCCAACCCAUUAUAUAUGGCAACGAGAACGCUCUGUGCAUCACAGUGGAGCUGUUAGAAACUACCACAGAGAUGAAGUUCAACUGCCCCGGGGACCUAGUGCCACACCGGUAGAUUGUUCACUCUGUGGUAGAAAAGGAAGAUACGUUAGACUGGGAUUGUCUUCAUCAUCAUCUUCAUCCAGUGAUACAGUAGAGGUGGUGGAGAAACAUUCUCAGGAAUCACACAACUCAUUCCCAAUGGACAUAAUAGUUGAUCCUUCUCAAGCUUAUAGCUGUUUUCAAGCCAAUGACCAUCAAUCAAACAAAGAAAAGAAAACUAAUUUCAUGAAGGAAGACAAAUCUAUGGAGUGGUUUACAGGAAGUGAAGAAUGAGAUGGCUCAACUAAACUUGGAAUC